UUCAGCUGUGUACAGAUUCAAGUUUCAGAGAUAGAGAGAGAAAGUGAGAACACAUUCACAAAGACGGACCCAAAAAAAUACAAGAAGCCUCUGAUUCAGCCAGAAGGUUUUGGUAAAAGAAAGACGAUGAAGUCUCGCGCGAUCUACGCCGUCAUCGCGAUCCUCGCGAUCGUAAUCUCAGCCGUUGACGCAAGCGUCGGCGACUUUGGAGGUUCGCUUGAUUUCGUACGGACAGGAUCUUCUUCGCUCUUCUCUGGAUGCAAAGGAUCGAUCGCAGAGUGUAUCGCGGAAGAAGAGGAGAUGGAGUUCGAUUCGGAGAUCAGCAGGCGCAUUUUAGCACAGAAGAAGUACGUUAGCUACGGUGCGAUGAGGAAGAACAGUGUGCCUUGCUCACGCCGUGGAGCUUCUUACUACAACUGCCGGCGUGGCGCUCAGGCGAAUCCUUACCGCCGUGGAUGCAGCACCAUCACGAGGUGCAGGCGUUGAAGAAGGAAGAUGACUUCUUUAAAAUUCCUAUUUUGCCCUUGUCUUUCGAUUUUUAUUUUUUCUCUUAAUUUAUUUUCCGGGAUAUAUGGGUUUGAUUUACACAUUGAAAACUAUAGUCUUUGCUUUCAAACAAAAAUGCGUUAUUGUUUUUUUUUUUUGGUUGUUGUU